AUCAAAAAGCCAUCGCGUGCAGCUAGAAUAAAACACGACUACGACUGUCGUUGCAAAAGAACUCAAAACGAAUGGUUGUUCGUAUUUGUCAUCGAUAUUCAGAAAAAAUUUCGAAACUUUCAGCAAAAAGAUCAGUUGAAAUCUCUUCGCGAGCAAAUACAACAAGAAAUUGAACAUCAUCAAGAACAAGCCAAACAACACGAAAAUGUUAUCGAACGUCAUAAACAACGCAUCGCUGAGAUCGAGGCUGAAGAGAAGAGAGUCGAAUAA